UCAUUCAUUUGCACGUGGCAGUCCAGUUUUCCCAACACCAUUUAUUGAAGAGACUUUCCUUUCUCCAUCGUAUGCUCGUGGCUCCCUUGUGGAAAACUAGCUGUCCGUACAUGUGUGGGUUUAUUUUUGGACUCCAGAUUCUGUUCCUUUGAUCCGUGUGUCUGUUUUUGUGCCAGUACCAUGCUGUUUUGAACACUGUAGCUUUUAGUACAGUUUGAAGUCAGAGAGUGUGAUACCUCCAGCUUCGUUCUUUUUUCUCAGGAUUCCUUUGGCUUUUGGCCCUAUCACAAAACGGCCAACAAGCGGUGACCGCGGAUGAGUCAGUUCUCAGGGUUUCUAUUUCCUCAUCUCUCCAAUGGGGGUGGUCAUACUUGCUCUGCCAACAUUACAAGGUUUGUCAGCAUAAGCCAGAGAUAAGGAACGUGAACAACAUAAAGUGAUAAAGAAAUAAAAAAACAGCAGCAGUGGUUGCUAACAUUUAGAUACAAGAGAAGGAAAAGAUACCGACGUGAAACAGCCAACUCAGGCUCUGAGGCGUUCCGUUUCUAUUGGUUCCCUUCCCUGGCCCCAACCACCUUCAGCUUCCUUUAGGGACACCCUCCGUUCUGCAUGGAGAAAGCCCCUCCCAGUAAAGUAAGUCUUCCUCUUUGUAGCACCGGCAGCUUGGAACCUGCUGGAAGCGUGUUGUGAAAAUGAGCAGAAACCUGCUAGAAGCUAAAAUUCAGCUUCCGCACGAUCAGCCCCGGGCCAGGGUGUGCAGCGCCUCCCCGCGAGGCAGCGGGGGCUGACUGGCAGAUAUUGCCUGAACGCUCAUUAAUCAAAAGAGGCUUUCGCCCCGGACGCCCCUGGGUCUUGGGCAGAAAGAGACUCGGCUGCGGAGGUGUCAGGGCUGGGAGCCUCGAGGCCCUCCCCGCUCUCAGCAAGCGGCCGCGGCGUUAAAUCUGACGCUCCCACCCGGGUAGAGAAGGGAUCGAUGAUGUCCUGGAUGCGGGUUUUCAGGGAAGAUGCUCCUCGCGGUCCCGCGCCUGCUCGGGAAGACGACUGAGCGCGGAGCCCGAGCGCUGGGCACGCCGCCCCGGAGCCGCGCCGCGCGCGUCUGCACCGCCGAGCCGCCUCCCAGCCCUUUUUACCCAAUUUGCCUUCCUGCCGCAGUCCGGGCCCAAAUUAGCUCUCUUCAUUUGUGAGUGAGCACCCACAAGUUCCCCGGGCACGAUCCUUCCAUCUGUUCCCCGGGGGGAGUCCAGUUUUUCAACGAUUAACCUCCCAGCCACGGGGCGGAGGGAAGGUGGCGGGAUGAAGGGAGUGGGGCGGGGAGAGGCAUUUUGCUUGUUCAAGGGCACCGAAAUUAGCUGCCAACGCUAAAAAGGUGUGCUUCCUUCGGUUUUUGGCAAACAAAUGCAGUGGGAUGCCUGCUUGGCCGACCGCUGCCCCGGCCCGGAGCCCCGGGCUCACUUGGCAGCCUGCUGCUGAGUUUCAGACCGCAGUCCUGCUUAGCGUCCGCGGGGCUUCGCCCCUUGCCAAAGUCUGCAGAUGGAUGGAUGCUGGGCGCAGGCUUUCCCUGGGCAGGUUCACGUUGGCUUAGGCCAAAGCCCCAAACCUUCCACCUUGCGCCUCCUGUUUGUCUGCCCGCCACGCACCCCCCGCCUCCACCACCAAAGGACGUGCCCCUUUGGUAGUGUCGGGGCUCCAGCCGGAGCGAGGGGGAGGGCGCCUCCCUCUCCCCUCCUCCUCAUCCCCGCCGCGGCUCGGGGUUUUACUGCAGCAGCCGGAGGUGACAGCGACGCCUUAGCCUCCUCCGUAGCUCUCAGAGCCCCGGCUUUCCCUGCAUCCGGAAAGCGCCCCCUCCUGAGAGGCUGGUCCCCGAAGAAGUGGAAACGAGCUGCAGAAAACCCAAUUUAAAAAUGUAGAAGUCGCUGGGCUGCAUUCCUCCGAGGAAGAGCCUGAUCGCCCAGGACUGAGAGUGGCAGCGUGUGGGAAGUUGGGACCGUAGAGCAAGGGGGGAGGGGACUGGUGCAGCCGGCAUUCUCUUCUGCAAGGAGUCGCUGGGAGCAGUGCGGUUGGACGCAAGUUUGCGUGGGAGUGUUUUCCUUUUGUCAAUAAUUAAUCACCGGAAUCAGUCUGGCAGAAUUGGAGUUUUAGCAGUAGUGCAGAGGGCGGGGCCGAACACCUAACUCCAGGAGGCACCCAGGCGCCCAGCGCAGUGGGAAGCUCGCAGCCGCUGGGGAGGAGCCAAGCGUCGGUGCUCACCUAAGACGCAAGAUGUACCCAGCCGAGAGAUGAAGAAACAGCCACCUAGAAAGGAGAAGUAGCCCGCGUAGGAUCAUUCUGCAGAGGAGCAAGGACCAGAAACCAGACCUGGACCCUCCUAGGCAGGACGGACUUUCUGCAGCUUGAAGGAGCCAACCAUGGAUUUCAGGCGUGUGAAGGACUAUUUCUCCUGGCUCUACUAUCAAUACCAAAUCAUUAGCUGCUGUGCUGUCUUGGAGCCUUGGGAGCAAUCCAUGUUCAAUACCAUCUUACUAACCAUUUUUGCCAUGGUGGUGUACACUGCCUAUGUUUUUAUCCCAAUCCACAUCCGCCUGGCUUGGGAAUUUUUCUCCAAAAUGUGUGGCUAUCACAGUACAAUUUCUAAUUGAUCUUGUUUGCAUUCUGUGAAUUGGCAUUGCACAUGUAUAUGUUGCUUACAACGUAUUGAUUUAGGUGAACACUGUGUCUUCUUUCACUAUCUGAUCUGAAAAGCUCUCUCUUGUCUAUGCACUCUUAUAUCUUGCCUGAACUUUGAGAUAGAUGUCUCUUUAGGUUCUUUUGUACAUGCAACAUUGUGCAUCAGACCAUAGAUAAUGCAAUGACCUUACCUCACCUACUGUAUUCUCUCAACUUAAAUCUAUGACUUUAGAUUUCUUUUUAAUCAGGAAAUUUCAUAUAAAAUUUUUUCUGGAAAGUAGGCUCAUAAGAGAACUACCAGAAUCAUAAUUAAAAUGCUCCCUUGGUACCUAUUCUAUAGUGAGGGAGAUAUUUUUAAAAAUUUGCUCAUAGGCUACUGUCAGAAGUAUCCUAUCCUUGUUUACAAAAUGUAAAAAGAUGUGAAUAAAUUAUAUGGGCCCCUAAAGUCUUAUUUUCUAGUAAAUUGGUGAAACCUAAACUUCUUUUACUUCAAGUACAAAAGAAUAGGCUGGAGGCAAUUAUCUCCUUUCAGACAUGGUUCAGGAAUUGUUUCAAAUGCCUCUAAAAGUCUGGCUUUAUAACAGUCUAAAAUCAACAAUGUUGAUUUUAGAUAACCCAGUAAGUAUUAUAAUACGAAAUAAUUUUUAAGUGUAAGAAACAAAAUAUAAUCAAAGUAAAUUCAGAUAUUGUGACUUGUGAUGCUGUCUUGCCUUGCAUGAUGCUGGGGGAAAAAGAGAAAAGAAAUUGCUUUCUUUCUGUGCUUUCACUCAGUGGAGGGGGGGGGGGGGAAGCAGGUAUUGGGCUACAGGAAGAAAAGCUAAUAAAUAGGCUGGAAGUAAUAUUCUACCAGCAGGAACUCGACAGCUCCAGUUAAAUGCUUUGAUAUAGUGGCUCCUUUGCAGAGCAAAAGAAAGAUUUAUUAAAUUUCCUUCAGUGUUUAUCUUAAAAACAAAUACGAGUUUUUAAUUAUAUUGCCGAAUUAAAUGUGAACGUCAAAGACCAAACCUUGCAGUUUUUCUUUCCUCUCAAUAAAUAUUAAUGUUAGUAAUUCUGGAGGGUAAAAAUGUAAAUAGUUUUGGGAUAAUAUUUGCACCCUUGUUUGUGUUAUAAAAAAAAAUUUCCAAGGACAGCUAGAGACAAAGAUGUUUGGCAUGCCAAAUUAACUUGCAUGUUUGUUAAAAAACAAAAACAUGUUUUGAAGAUACACCACAUCUGAACAUGUAUUCGUUGAUUUUUGCAAAAUAAAGUUAGGUUUAAUUUUAUAAAUAAAAUAGCCACCUCCAGA